AUGGGUAGCAGAAAAACGAGCCCCUCACUACGAUGCGCAGCGACACUCUUCAUCGUCGCUUUCCUCAUCUCCGUCGACGGGGCCGAAAUCAGGCACAGGGACGGUAUCCACCGAGUAUCCAAGACGCCACCACAAGUGACGCCCGGUCCGCGACUCGACAAGAGGGCUUUGACGGCCUGUCCGGCGAGCUAUAGCCUAUGUCCUCCUGAUUUGGGCGGAGGGUGUUGCGCGGCGGGAUAUGCGUGCGCGACCGAGUCGUGCUAUGCCACGACGAACGGGCCGGUGUCGUGCGGUGGGAACGCGGGCUACUUUGCUUGUGGAGCGGACGUUGGAGGUGGUUGUUGUCCUGUGGGAUCCGUCUGCCAACGAGGCGGAAAUUGCGUAGCCGUGUCCGGGGUCUCCUACUCCCACGACUGCGGGGACAAUUCCUAUCUAUGCCCGUCUGAACUUGGGUACGGGUGUUGCAGGAAUGGCCUCGCAUGCGGCAAGAACCAGUGUUACGCGACCGAGCCGAUGACGUUAGUCUUCACGAGGACGAUGACUACGACGGACGGCGGCAACGCGAAGACUCUCACGAGCACGGUGACGACGACUUCGACGCCCUCGGUCGGCGCCGAACCGACGGGCGCGGCUUCGGAGACCCAAUAUAUAAAGUUCUACCCAACGGCGGUGCCAAAAGUCGACCCUUUGAUCACCGACACUGGCGACGACGGCGGCGGCGGCAGCGGGCUGAGCUCAGCGCAGAUAGGAGGAGCCGUCGGGGGCGCCCUCGCUCUUCUGGCCAUCAUUCUCACAGCCGCGUUUUUCAUCAUCAGGCGUCUAAACCACGUGGCCAAGGUAGUGAAAGAAGGCGGACCGCCCUCGACAACUCCCGGCUCGCCUGGCGACAAGCCGGACUACUUCAACCACAAGCAUCGGGAAUCCGAGGUGGACAGUUUCACCACGGAGCUAGCAAGCACCUCGUCUCCUCGGACGCGGCACAGGAGCGCAUCCACGGAUACCUCGGAGCCCGCGUCGUCGAUUUUCGGACGGCAGUCGACGCCUGGGGGUGGUAGUAGUGGGUUCUCUUCGCGCCGGCACAGUCACCGAUCGAGCGCCGAUUCGACAGCCGGACGGAGUACGCCGGGGACGUGGACGCGGAGCAACAGCACGGCGAGGAGCAGUACGCGGGCCUCGGGAAGCGUCGACGGCGCCGUGUCAUACGAGACGGAGCCGGACGAAAUUGCCGAACUUGAGGCGGGAGAGCGGAUCGUCGAGUUACCAGCCGAUCCUGUGACGAGGAAGGCAGAGACUGCCGCGAGUAGUGGUGCGACGACGACUCUCGCGCCCCCGCCGACGCUGGGCCAGGGACAGGGGCAUAAACGGAAUAAUAGUGCUGCUGGGCGAGGAGCGCCGCAGCUGGAUGUUGUUUCGGAGGCGGGUGAGUUCCAUGGGUAUUAUGGGCCGCCGGAUAGGCUGAUGGGCCAGACUGGAGCGGGACAGAAGGCGACGUAA